AUGGCGGAAGGCCUCAGUGCCAGCACCGACAGAGCAGCCCUUCUGUCUUUCAAGGCCUCAGUUUCUGACCCUCAAACCUUUCUUGGCGGAUGGACUCAUCAAAAUAUUUCUCACUGUACAUGGUACGGUGUCACUUGCUCCAUCAAAGGAGCUCGAGUCCGGUCACUUAGCCUUUCUGGCCUCGGCCUUUCUGGUCCCAUACCCUCUCAUCUCUCAAACCUUAGUUCCCUCUUUAUGCUUGACCUUGCCAAUAAUUCAUUUUAUGGCCAGAUUCCAUCUGAGCUUGGUCGUCUCUCCCACCUUCAAUAUGUUUUCCUUGAAAUGAAUUCCAUCAAUGGCACCAUCCCUGUUCUUCUUUCUCAGUGUCAUAACCUUAAGACGAUCCGUUUAAAUGAGAACCAACUCACUGGUAACAUUCCUUCUCAACUAGGUUAUCUGCAAAGACUUGAAGUUCUCCACUUGUCUAUCAAUAACCUCACUGGUGCUAUCCCGGCAACAUUUGGAAAUCUAACUUCUCUCACGAACCUUUCCAUCUCAAGAAAUCAGCUUCUUGGUGAAAUUCCUAGUGAGCUGGGUCGUCUUCGUAACAUUCGUGAGUUUCAUGUAUCCGAGAAUCAGCUUAGUGGAGAGAUUCCAUAUUCUAUUUGGAAUAUUUCUUCUAUGGUCUUCUUGUCUCUAACACACAACAACCUUACAGGAAAGCUACCGAGUGAUAUGGGUUCUGCUCUUCCAAAUCUCAGGAUGCUUUACUUGGCACGAAACAGGCUUGAAGGAAUAUUGCCCAGUUCCUUAUCCAAUGCCUCACGUAUUCAAUUUCUGGAUCUCUCUUCCAAUGGUUUUCAUGGGCCAAUUCCCCUGUUUGGAGGGAUGAAAGAUCUUCUUCGUUUAAUUAUUGGGAAUAAUUUUUUUCAUUCUACUACAAAGCUUAAUUUCCAGCUAAUUGAUUCUCUCAAAAACUGUACUCGGCUGCAGUAUCUCUUGAUCUUUUCCAACCAGUUGGCUGGUCAACUUCCAAGUUCCGUAGCAAAUCUGUCGACCCAUCUGCAACAGUUUUGUUUUUCUGAUAAUUUAUUGACUGGAAGCUUCCUCAAGGUAUCGAAAGGUUUCAAGAACUCGUGUCCCUAUCGAUAG